AUGGUCUGUGCGAUAAGUUUCUCUUCGACACAACAUUCUUUACCGUGCUAUGUAGCACAUAUGAGAUGGACCCAGCGAUACGGUGUUGUGGCAGUGGCCAUUGUUGUUGUGAUCGCAUUAAUCGUAGUUCUCCAACAAAAACAACAUUAUGAAGAACACACGCGUCAAACAAUUGAAUCAUUACAGAAUCGUAUUGAUUAUGUCUCACGUUUAAAUGAUGAACAUCUACUAGAAUUGUCUUCGAUCAAACAACAAAACAUUCGUCUAAUUCGUUCUUUGAAUACGAUCAAAUCCUGUCAUCGUCGGGCAAACAGUUCAUCUCUAAACUUGAAUUCUAACAGUACAAUCACAGAUGACACACUCAAUGAUAACAAUGUCGAUUCGUUAAAGAAUGGUUUUCAUUUGCCACCAAGUUUUAGUUAUUUAUCGCAUCUUCAAGGCAAGUAUGAUAUGUUGUCACCAGCAUUUCGUCGUCAGACAGCGAGUCGAAAGUAUUUACGAGCUAAUGUGUCGUUCAUCAUCGGUAUCCCAACUGUGAAACGAGAUAAACAGUCAUAUUUAAUCGAAACAAUCAAGUCUUUGCUCGAUAAUUUGAACAAUGAUGAUAUGGAACGUUUAUUAAUUGUUAUCUUCAUUGCCGAACCGUUCGAUAUCGGAUAUGUUCGAACAACAGCACAACAAAUCGAAAAACUUUACAAUAAAUAUAUUGAAAAUGGUUUAAUUGAAAUUAUCAGUCCUCCUAUCGAGUUCUAUCCUGAUUUCGAAACAUUGAAAUUGAGUUUAAAUGAUGAUAAACAACGCGUGAAAUGGCGCACGAAACAAAAUUAUGAUUUCACCUAUUUAAUGAUGUAUUCCGCAGUUCGAGGCAAAUAUUACAUACAAUUAGAAGACGAUGUCGUCACUAAACCGGGAUACAUUCAAAUCAUUGAAGGCUUUAUCAAUAAACAAAAAAGUCAAGAUUGGUUUAUGUUAGAAUUUUCAAGUUUAGGUAAUUAUGUGUUUCACCGUGCUUGUUUUUUGACUAAGAAAGGUCGAUAUAAUAUGAAAGGUGACUCUCACAGGAAUUCGAGUGAUAUUAAAUUAGAAGAUCAAUGA